AUGAAACAACAUAAGAUCCAGAACAUGGCCGGCUACCGCAAACGGGGAAUCAUCACGCUCCCCAAUAAAUCGCAUCAUGUCAUCCGGGAGCCUGACAUGAAAAAAGAAGUCUCCUUCAAUCAGGAUGUGUUCAACUUGUCUCUUGCUCUGUCGCAAAGCCGCAUAAAUGAUGCGACGGAGUUACGCGGCAUGGUCUUGGAUGUCGAUGGCUCCGUCAAACAAUCUGAAAUUCGAGGAACUAGAGAUGAGAUUGCUAAACGGUGGGGAUUAGAUGGUCGCGAUCUACGCAACGUGGAUCUUGUCUCGGAAGGAAUCCCGCAUUUGUUGGUCCGUCCGUCUGUUAUCUUCAUCAGCAUGUUUACUUUACGGCUCCUGGUCCGCACAAAUGGAGUGCUUCUAUUUCUUCUCCCAAUUGAAAACUCCCACGUGAAGGUGCAGGAUGUCUUUAUGACAGACCUUCAGGGCAGGCUCCAACCCUGUCCUGGCUCUGGUCUUUUAUCCAAACUCCCAUUUGAGCUACGAGUAGUGGAUGCGGCGCUUGCCUCUGUGAUUGCGACUCUUGAAGCCGAGCAUAUUCUUAUCCGUCGAGAAGCUGAAGAGAGCUUGCAGGAUUCAACAAGAGAAGAUGUUGUUUACUCUGUUCUGCGCGGGUUGCAGAAUCAUAAGAAAAGGCUCGUGGCAAUUCAGCAGCGCGCCCGCCAGUUCCGCUCCGCGCUACGGGAAAUUCUUGAAAAUGAUGAAGACAUGGCGACCAUGUUCUUAACGGAUCGGGAGGCAGGUCAACCGCAUGAGGUAGAUGAUCACCAAGAAGUGGAAUACCUCCUCGAGGCAUAUUACAAGAGCACGGACGCUAUUGCGGAGUCUGCCAGUGCUUUACUAGGCGAUUUGGAGCGCACAACGGAGACCAUUCAAUCAAUCUUGGAUGUACGACGAAAUCAGAUCCUAGUUUUCGAGGCUCAACUGGAGAUCUGCAUGUUGGGAUUUGCCGUGUCAACUUUUGUGGCGGGCCUGUUUGGAAUGAACGUGACAAACUUCUUUGAAGACAGUCCUUCGGCAUUUGCAAUUCUUGUCGGAACGUGUAUAAUUGGAACGGUCACUAUCGCGAAGGUCUGGGGAAUCAGCAAACCCCGGCGAAAGGAUCACCCUCUCCUUAUACUGAACUGGGCAGGUUAUACCGGGCCCACAAUUCUUCGGUUCCCGGCGUCACUAGCAAAACCGUUAGACCGGUCGGAUAUUGCACCAAAGGGCCCCGAUUGGGGUCUUCGAACCAGUAUCCACGUGGUCGCCGGAAUUUCCAAUCUUGGCAGAGGCCUCGAUCCACAACGGGCUAGGCGGACAUUCGCAGGAUCGAACAAGGCCGUUGUUCCUGCCAUUGUCUUGCCGUUAGCAAACAUUAUAAUGAUUGCAAAGCUUCUACUGAUAUUUGAGAUCAUGUACGUCACAACGGUAGCAACCACCAAAAUUUCUAUCCUCCUCAUGUACUGUCGCAUCUUCCCCACGAGGGAAAUCCGCAUCGCCUCCUUGGUAUUGGGUGGGAUGACACUCUCCUGGCUUGUCGCUAUUAUCCUCGUGAGCGUCUUCCAAUGCAAUCCGAUCCCGCGAGCCUGGGACACGCGCAUUCCUGGUAAAUGUAUCAACCUUAAAGGCAUGUUCAUCGGGAACGCAGUACCCAACAUUCUCACCGACAUUCUCAUUCUGUCUCUACCGGUCAAGGUGGUGUGGGGACUGCACGCAAGCCUCACGCAUCGACUCGUUGUCUUCACUAGUGCCUAUCGCUUCGCUACCAUUUUUGGAUUCGACCCGACGGACAUUGCCUGGACACUUGGAAGAUCCUGCACCUGGUGUGUCGUUGAAUCCUCAACGGGUAUUAUCUCCGCUUGCAUGCCGACCCUGCGCCCACUGUUCAUGAUAUUUUCAUCCAAGUUCUCCAGCCGGUCUGGGACUAGAUCACGAACUACAGAUCUCGACCAAUCUAAAGGUUAUGAGUUGGAUAACUCUGCCCUACGACCGGCGAAUGAGCCGCGUAAUAAAACCAGAACACAGCUGGAGGUGUCCCAUGCCGACGAUGGGUCUGAGGAUGAGGUGCCAUUGAAUUCCAUCCGAGUUCAGCAGUAUAUGACAUGGCAAGAAUCCAGGGGUGACUCUUUUCGAGGAUAUAAAUAA